CAUCUCCAUACCUCUGCUUAAAGCCGAAAACAAACUAUGAACAGUCAUCGAUCAACACCAAGAAUCGAAAGAGGUACUUUAUGAAUUAUACAGCACUUGAGCAUAGCCUCGGGUUAUCCGUAUGUUCAGACAGUGCCACUUGGAACUCCGUGCCGACAAGAUUAGCUGUUUGACCUACGGGGUUAGACGCCUAGGUGUUCUAGAAUGAGAAAGAGACCAAUUGAAGAAAGGAUGUGAUAUUCUCCUGGACACCUGAACAGAUCUGCCUUUGUGAAGAGUGAUGAUAUAACCAAGUGUUAUGGAGACACCUGAAGCUUAUGACAAGCACCUACCCUGCCAUGUCCACGCGGACUUGAGUUGGAUUCUCUGUCAUUGAAGAAAGAAAGAAAGAAAAACUCAGAGCUUACUUCUACAGGAGCCGUGUCGAGCUUCAACUGAUUGGGCUUUCAUCUGAGUCCGACCUUGUUAUUUUUAAUUGUCAUUAUUGCCAGCAUCCAGGGCGCCCCUGGGGCUGCUCUCUGAGUUUUCUUUGUUCCCUCGCUCCUGAGGUAGACUCGUCCAAAUCCUCGGACGUCCUCUCUUCCAUAAUUUUUUUUUAAAAAAAAAUUCUAUAUUAUUGUUCUAUUUUAUAUCCGUCCUUCCUCUGUUUGACAAGGGGAUUCCACCGCCCGUUUCCGCUCGCUUCUUGGGAGCAGCUGUUUGGAAUAUCGAAGCUUCCUCAAUUUCUCUUCCCUUCCCUGGAAAAAUUUUAUAUACUUGUUUUCCGUCCCUCCAUAAUUACCUUUUUCGUGUCCAGAAAUCAUUUGAAGACAGUUGCAACGAAAUGCGUACCUGAUGCAAUCAUACACGUUCUGAUUUAUUAUAUCAAACUGCUCUUUGUUGCUCGCCUUGUUACAUGAGAAGACGUCUGACUGUUUCAUCUGCUCAUUCAUAUCUAGAAUACAGCACCAUCUAUGGAAUGGAUGGGUCUGACGUCGGCUGAUGAAGACCCAAGUGCAUUUCAAGAUGCGGAAAUAUUGGGGUUAAUUACGGGAGUCGAUGGCUUCAAUCCUAAUGUCAGUGUCUGUUCUGGGGCCUUCGAAGCUGAAAUUGGCUGUAUACCUUUUCCUGCAGCAUCAAGCGAGUACCCGUGGGCGUCACAACCCCCACAAGAACCCACGGGCAUGACGCCUUCGUUUUCGCCCCCUGCUUCACCUACGAGUCUGGGUUCGGUUUUUAGUACGUCAAGCUCAGAGACGAAUAUCCUGAGUGCAACAUCAAGCACUCGGAGUACAGUUUCAGCUAUUCCAAGAAUAGUUUCAAGCUCUUCGACCACAAUAUCAAGGACGCUGACAACAAGCGCAACAGCCGGACUUCCUACAACAUCUGCUCCACUAUCCACUCAGUCGCAGCAUGACAACUCUAAUUUAAGCACCAUACUUGCCAUAGCCAUCCCUGUCCCAGUUUGCGGCCUCGCAAUCCUUCUAGGGCUUAUCUACCUUCUCAUGAGACGGUGCCGAGGAGAACGUUGCUCGCGGGAAAUUGACAGUGAAGCGACCCGAAGAGGAGACAAUGCGAGUUUCGUCUCCCAUCCAAAGCUUCAUCCCCAACGACCCCUCGCGAUCCCAGAAGCCCUUAAAAUCUCCUUCCCGACCAUAAGCACGCCCCGAACCCCAUCAGAGAAUUACCAGUCGGCAAUCCAUCAGGUUUCUAUUCCAGACAUAAGACCUACCAGCCCGCUUCCCCGAAGUACGGGCUCGCUCACUACACUUGGCCGGUUUUAUUUUGAAUAUGGUGGAAACCACACCUCAACGCUAGAUUACGAUACAUGUGGAUGGAAUGAGCACUCGAGCUUUUUCAUGUCCGAGUCGGAAGAAGGCUCGGAGGAUGGAAGGUCAAAGAUCUCGCGGAUUAGUUCAUGGGAAGAAGAGCUUGGACACGGCAAUAAUCUGGAUAAUUUGUCCUCCGUGUCGUCUCUUACGGAGGAUAUGCAGCCAGGUCGGUGUGGGACUCUUCACUGACAAGUCUGUUUGACUGUCACAAGUUAAAAAUUUUUAUUUAUCUAUUAAUUAUUAAUUUUUGAUGAUGUGUACUGCAGUGUGCAAUUAAUGCAACUCCCUGGACAAACUUG